AAGAACACGGUCCCCUUUACCUUUCUCGCGUUCCGAGGCGUUCAAAGAUACUACUUACCCAGGAACAAUCUCUCGUAAGGCAGGCAACUGAAAGCAGCAAUGUCACAUGGCCACCUUUAGCAGCACACUACAUAAAAACCAUUAGUAGUACCAAGACGCAGACUGUGAGUAGUGAGCAACUGAGCAAGACUAGCUCGCGUCGCAUCGCAGAGACCUGAGAUUUCUCGGUGGCGGUGGAGAAGGAGAAACAAGAUCAAUGGCAUCUCUGCCGCAGCCAAUGCCAUACAGCUACUACCCUUCCACCGGCUCCGUCCACCACGCCGGCAAGGCAGCGCCCGACGAGGGCAGAGGCUCCUUCGGGCCGGUGUUCGUGGUGCUCGCGGUCAUCACCUUCCUUGCGACCGCCGCAUGCAUCUCCGGCCGGCUGUGCGGCCGGAGGUCGUCCUCGGCGUCCAGAGGAAAGUCCUCCUCUGCAGACGCGGAGAAGGGGUUGGGACAGAAGCAUCCGCAUCCUGUGGUGCCCAUGAGGCCCCUGCCGAGCUCCCGCGCCACGGUCCACGACAUGGUCGACGACGACGUUUUCGAGAUCAAGUUCGCGCAGGUGAAGCCGCCGGAAAUGGGACGAGAUCAGAGAGACGGCACCGGCUGCGGCGGCGGCAGGGUGCAGGCGCUGCUGCCUCCGCUUCAGCUCGGCCUGCCGCGACAGUAUGCGCCGCCACCAGGUUUCAGGUGUGCUCCUGCAAACGUUGCUGGUGUCCCGAGACAGGCGUCGCAUCCCCAGGUGAGGGGUGCUGAGGAGAGCCGUGCAGGCCUCCGAUGAAGAACCAAAGUAGAUGAGGAAUACACACGAUUAUUACAGAUGUUUCACUCAAUAUAUUACCGGUAUGGUGUCCCGUAGUAAUUCUUCAACGCUUGUGUAACUAGCUUUCGUUUUUCAAGUACUUACAUUUCAGUACACCUCGGUCAUGGAUAUGACUGAACGAGAAUAAGUGUUGUUUAUAAA